UUCACAACGACGUGAACAGUAAUACACGCAGAGAUUCAGCAACUUUUCGCAGAGAAAAAUAAUAGAAAUGGAGACCACAGAUGUCGUAAUGACCAUAUAUAUUCCAAGGAUGUACGGAAUAGAACAUGUGUUUGGUGGAAUGUUUGACAAGAAGAUUGUUCAGCAAUGUGAAAAGAAGAUCAAAGAAAUGGAAAAAGAGAUUAAAAAGCACAAUCAAAUUUACAAGAAAUUGCAGAAGCAGCAAAAGGUGUGUUGGCUUGCCAACAGAAAAGUUACAUACAAGUAUGAUACUUCAAAGAAGAUUAAUGAAUACAUAGAAGAAAAUUUAAGUGCGCAUGAAGAACGCACAACACGAAAAGCAAUAAAUAAAGUUCAGAAACAUCUUCAAGAUACAUUAAAGCAAGCAAAAAGGACAGAACACAAGUACCAAGAUCUUCUGGAAAAGGAGUUCAGGAUAAGAGCGUCUGUCAAAAAGCUGGAAGCUGACAUAAUGAAAAUGAUUGAAUUCCAAGUGAAUGAUAGGACACUUAGUCUAUCUCGAACGCAUGUAAAUAGUAGUAUACACACAAUCAUACCGAUACAAACUGUUGUGCAAAGAAUGAGUAGCAAAUACCAGUUUACCAUGCCACAGGAAUUUAAUGAAAAGAAUGGAUGCGAAGCAAGGUUGCCAAAUUUUGAACUAAUCAAGCGUGAAUUUCGAAGAUAAAGACAUAGAGCAUCAUAUACAGCAUACAUUUUUGUAAAUAACUUUUUGUUUUUGUU